UUCCUCUCCCCACCCCACCCCACCCCCUUCUAUUCAGUCGUUUGGUGGUUUUGGUUGUUUUCUUCUGUUUUUUUUACUCCCAUGGGAAAUUGGCACGACUUCCAAAUGGCUAGUAUUUCUGUUUCAGCCAUUGUUUUUUGUUUUGUUUUUGACACAGGACACGGGUUGUAUCCGCUCACUUAGCCACCAGCUAAUGUUCUCACAGAGUAGGGUUGUGUAUGGGGACACACGGUGGUUUGUACAGACAACACGAGCCAUGUUGAAUGUUUUCCAGCUGCAGGACACUUCACUAUCCAGGCUAACGUCACUGUAAAGACCUGCUAGCUCAUGUUACACAGGAAACUGCUAUUUGUGUUACUUAAUUUAUGGGAAUAUACCAUAACAACACAGCUAAUGUAACCCCCCCCUUAUCCCAGUUUUCAUUUGCGGUGCUCCUUUUCUUUCAAUGUCUCCCCUUUGGUGCCACUGUUGUUCUCCUGUGUUCAGUGAAACAAUGAUAAUCACCUCUAACCUGAUGCUUUUUGUCCACGUGACUUGGUGCUGGAUGGCUACUGAGUUUAUUAAUUUGGUUUUGUAUGUUUUUUCUGUGUGAUUAUGUGUGCAUAUCAGAUGACUAGACUGGCCCAGCUGUUACACUACACUAGCCUGAGUCAGGCAUUGUUUUCCAAGCCACUAUCCCCGAUCGGGCCAACGCAGCCUUCAAGGGGGAAUGUGACCCGGAGAAUAGCCCGCUGAGCCUUCCAAGAUGGACACCUUGUCUCUUUUAUUUAAUUUUUCUUUUCUUUUUUUGCUGCAGCUUGUGUGUGAUUGAAUUCUGUCCAGGUUGCUACGGCAUACCGGUGGGAUGUGUGUCACACAUGACAUGGGACAUGCUAGGAGGAUCACUAACCCUUUACUCUCCCACUCCUGUUGCUGUAGUGAGGGGGCUAGACAAUAACAAAGUGAGACCCAGUAACUAAGAACCUCACCAAAUUUCAAGAUAGAAUCUUGUAUUUUCUAUUUGCUUUUGGAAUAAUUUUCCCUCACAGUUACCACACCACAGCUCUUAUUUCAAUGUUUGGUGUUUAAUAACACAAAUUGUCCAUUUAACCUAUUUUCUCGUGACACAUGCAUUCAUGUUUUGCGUCGUUACCUAUUAAGACAAUUUUUCAGCACCAGAAGUGUUAGAAAACUUGAAUUGUCAUUCAUCCACAGUGCCUCAAGCUAUUGUGAUGUAAAUUUGUAGUUGCUAUUCCUCUUAUUUUUGAAUUUUGCCCUCUACUCUAACAGAAAAGGAUGAGCAAAAUUCCUAAAUUCAUUGUUUUUAUAGCCAAGUCUUGGUUAACAUUUCCUACAGUUUUUAAAAUUGUUGUUCUUUUCUGUAUCUGAUGUCCUGUGUGCUAUUAGUGAUGCAGCCAUUGGGGUUGUCUUGUGUUGCACACCUUUCCAACACUUCGAAAUGAUCUCCCCCCUACGGAAAAGCGCCCAUGCUUGAUAUCGUAUGGUUCAUGACCAAUAUGUUUCCAGUACAGGAAAAAUCCCAGAAGAGGCCAAGGCCUUGUCACUUCUGGCACCUGCCGCUCCAGCACCAAGUCUGAUUCCUGGAGGGGGUCUGAUUCCUGGAGGGGGACUGCUCCCGAUUCCUAGUCCAGCUCCGAUCCAGAACCUGAGCCUUCCGUUAGUGAACCGGAUACCAGCAGCCAGUGUUGACUCCACAGCUUCAGCGCUCUCCCAGCCCCCCCUCAUGGGAAAUGUGGAUCCCUCAAAAGUUGAUGAGAUCAGGCGGACCGUCUACGUCGGCAACUUAAACUCACAGACCACGACUGCAGACCAGCUGUUGGAAUUCUUCAAGCAGGUGGGAGAAGUAAAGUUUGUGCGGAUGGCAGGAGAUGAGACACAGCCGACGCGUUUCGCCUUUGUCGAGUUCGUGGAGCAGGACUCGGUUGCCAGAGCCCUGACCUUCAACGGAGUCAUGUUUGGGGACAGACCCCUGAAGGUUAACCAUUCCAAUAAUGCCAUAGUGAAACCCCCAGAGAUGACGCCACAGGCUGCAGCCAAGGAGUUAGAGAGUGUGAUGAAGAGGGUGAGGGAGGCCCAGUCGACCAUUGCUGCUGCCAUAGAACCAGCAGACACAGAGACGCGAUCCCCCAGUCGGUCUAGAAGGUCACGCCUGUCACGCUCCCGUUCACACUCAAGAACGCGCAGGAAAAAGUCCCAAUCGAAACACAGACCGUCACAGAGGUCGGGGCCAGGGAUUCAGCCCCACAGUUCACGAAACAGUCACAAGAGGCGUUCUCGCUCCAGAGACAGGAGGCACAGUCGGAGUCGCUCCAGGGGCCACCAGAGGAGGAGUAAGGAUCGAUCCAGGAGUCCUCGGAGGAAAGUCAGAUCACCAUCAACAAAAAGAAGUAAGAAAGACAAGAAGAGGGAGCGCAGCAGGGACAGAAAGGAACUUUCCACGUCCAGGAAGAGGAGCCGCAAAGAUGACGACAGGAUAAAAAACAAGGCCAAGCCGGCAAAGGUGGAAAUCAACUACAAGAGAGAAGAAAAGGACGAGUACGACAGUGAGAGAGACGACUCACCCAGCGAGGAUGUGACACUAUCGCCCUACGUCCUGCACAACGGCAGCUGCAAGACUCACAACGACGUGGACAGCACCAAGUGACUGUUACAGCAUUACUGAAGCCAAUCAUGUUGCAUCAAGUGAUGUCAUCAACACCCACUGUGUGUAUACAUACAGAAACACUGGAUAACCACUUACAUGAGCGUGUGUGUGUGUGUGUACGUGUGUGUGGAAUUGAACUGGAUUGCAUGAUAUUGUACAUAUUCUGCAGUGUCCUCCACCAGUUUGUUCACUGCUUGAAGAACUCAAGCAUUUUUAUUGUUUCUAUGUAGAUAGGAAAGCUCGAGGCACCUGCACCUGCACCAGCAGAUUAGAGACGGGCCUGAACCAGCUCAUCGUCGCAAUCUGUAACCACAGACUUCUUAAUGUCUCCCACACACGACUUCCAGAGCUUUCUCAGAAGAGUCAUUUUGAAGAAAGUCAUGAUGGAACCGAGCAGCAGUCCCACAGGAAGGACAGAGUUCGUACUUUUUGUAAAUGGCUGCAUUUGCUGUUGUAGGUUUUUUCCCCUGUCGAAUUGUAGGUUCCUUAUAUGGUCUUUCAUAGAUCACUGUUUUCAAAGAGUGACGCUGCCCAGUCACAUGAGUUAUUGGAAAAUAAUAAUGCUAAUUAUUAUAAAAUCCAGGACGUACCAGUUAAGAUAAGGUUAUUUUACCAAUUUAACCAGUUCCUUUAUUAGCCACCUGAAUCUUUUUAAAUAAAAUAACUCUUCCUCUCAUUUGUCAUUUGUUUUGACGGUGAGGUACAAUUAAGUUUCCCUCUGUCUGUUCGAGGCCUCAAGUGUAGUUCUUAUUCUGCUGCUGCGGAUUUAUGAAAGUGACGCAACUUCCCAUUUUCUGAGUGAGACAAACAUGUUCCUUGAUCACAGAAUAUAAGUAACUGUAAGAACAUGGAAACAUUGAUGGUGUAAUAACUUGUGUUGCUGCUGAAGUGCUCACUUCCCUUCUGUUUAAUGACUUUGUGAAAGAGUCCUUUAUUCCCUCCAUCAUCCGCCAACUCGUGCGUCCUCUACGACUAAGUGUUGAUUUUACGACUUGAAGUGCUAUAAUUAUGAGAACGCAGAGUGAACUGUUUCUGUGAACCGGUCUGGAAUGGUAAAAGAUCCAUUUUUCAUUUGGUCAAAACAUGAAUGUGUUGCUUUAUUUCCUGUUUUCAUGCGUGAUCAUGUUAUUGCUUUUUUACUAUUUCUCAUUACUAGUAGUUGCAACAAGAUCCCAUCAUCCCAUGUCUUUUUUCUGUUGUGAUGGUGCGAGAGAUAAAAAGUUACUGUUUUAUAGUUACAAUUCAGGCCUGUACUGUAAAAGGAUGUUGUGCAGAAUGUGCGUUGGCUCCAGGAAGACGUCGCUAAUGCUGAAUUCACUCACGAGACGCGUCACAGCUCAACAUAACGCUCACAAGCACAGAAGGGUCAAAAAGUGCCUCGAACAUAGAUUGUACAGAAUAUUCUACUAAACUAUGGAGACUUAUUGACAGAUGCAACCUGAAUUUAUUGUUCUGGAUGUUAAAUAGCUGAAGUGAGAUGUUAUAUAUGAAAGUAUUGUCUGUAGUAUUUAAUAGCAGAAGAACCUGAAGCUAUGGUGGUUUUUAUUUCAAUUUUGUUCGUCGUCAUGUUGGUGUUAACAAAGCCAGUAUUUAAUAAUGUGUCAAAAAAAAGUCUCUGUGAACUGGCCCCACAUCGAGAAGAGUUUCUACAUAAGCUUGUCAUACUAUGAAAGUACUUUUAAAAGGAGACUUAAAUACUUUUUGAACGUCUUUGCCAAAUUCUCCGUCUUUCCUGCUUUUACAAAUCCACCCCCCUCUGCUUUUCUUGUUUAUAAACGAGGCUUCAGUUUGAAUUGGUGAACGUGAUGAAGUUAAGUAAAGAGCAUUUCCAACAAAACUGACAGUAUGUGAAGAGGUUUAUUUUUUUAUAUCUGUGUAUCCACCACAUAGAGCAUAUACUGUAGAAACAUGACUUUCUCCUGCCGGACUGGACUGGACUGGACUGGGCGCUCGAUGUACAGAUUUGGUGACACUGUUUUUUUGAAGAGCUUGAAUGUAUCUGAUCGUCCUCAGUUUGAAACUAACAAUAUAUUCAUUCUGUUUCCAACACAACACUCAAUAAAGAGACUUUUCAUUCA